AUGCACGACGACCUCCAGGGCACCGUCGUCCCCUCGCUCCUCGUCCAGCACCCGCGCGAGUCGUUCCCGGCGCCGCCGCCGCCGACCGUCGUCCCGGGCUUCCCUCUCGCCUCGUCGCCGUCGUCGUCGUCGUCGUCGAGCGUCGGGCUGUACGGCCCCGGCUACGUCGCAGAGCCGCUCGCGUACGGCGACCCGCACGCCGCUGCGUUCCACUCGGUGCACGCACCCUGGCUCCCUCCCCCUCCUCCUCCUCUCGCCGCGGCACCCUCCACGUCGUUCGGCGCUCCCCCACCCUCGUCCUCGUCGACUGGCUUCUUGGCGCGCCUGAGCCCGAGCCUGAGCCCGGUCGACGGCCUGUCCGCCGCGUGGCCCAUGCCCUCGACGGCAGCGGCGCUCACGGUGGGCGACGUCCUCGGCUCGGUGCCGGGCGUUCCCGCCGCGUCGUCCGCCAGCCACCGGGGCCCUUUCGCUCAUCUCGCGUCGCAGGCCGGUCCAGACGGCGGAUUCGAGAACGAGCACGUCGUCGAGGGUCUAAUCGGUCUCGCGCCGCGCGUCAAGCCGUUCGUCGCCAAGUUGAGCCACCUCCUGUCGCAGCCGCACAACUUCCAGGACUGCGUCGUGUGGGACAGCUCUGGCGCGUCCUUCAUCCUCAACGCCAACGAGCGCUUCGUCGGCGACGUCCUCCCUCGCCUGUUUGGUCACGGUAACGUGGCGAGCUUCACUCGCCAGCUCAACCUUCCGUCGCCUCUCGGCCGCCGAGCUCGUCGCGCGCGUCGACAUCGACUCGACCGACGGGUACAGCGCGUGGUCGCACCCAGACUUUACUCGCGACGACAGGUCGACCCUGCACCGCAUGACGCCGAGGCCGUCGCGUGCUCGCCAGCUCAAGAAGGCCAAGAAGCAGGCGGUCGAGCACAUGAUGGCGUCGUCGUCGGCGCGUCCGAGGGAGCGCUCGACGACGGACCCGACUACGACGACAAGCUCGGGCUCGAGCGUCGCGAGCUCGAGCGUCUCGCCGGCGUUCGCGCACUGGCAGCCCCUGCCGGCGGGCGACCCGCCGCUCGCGCAGUCCGGUCCCGUCGCCACGUCGCCCACGUCGUACGUCGGCGACUACCCGUAGUUGGCGUCGUCGUCCGACUCGAGCCUGUUCGCCCUGUUCCCGCCGACCGACGCCGCGCCGGUCAGCAACACGCUCGGCCUCCUGCGGGGCGCGCCGAC